UCCCUCUUUCCCUCUUCUUUCCCAAUUUCAAAACCUCCCUACUUCCCUAGUUCCAGCUACCAAGCCUCCAAAAUCGAACAGGAAAAACGGGGAAAAAAAAAGAAAAAAAGAACAUAAAAAUCCUCAAAUGGAUGAAUCAGGAGAAGAAGAAAUCACAGAAGCGCAAAAACAGCGAGCCGAAUCUAACCGUCGAGCCGCAUUAGCCAAGCGGAAAGCCGCUGCUUUAGCCGCCACCUCCACCACCAGCUCCACCGUCGCCGCUGUCACCACCACCAACUAUAAUUCAAACGCCAAUCAAUUUCAGAGUGCUUGGAAGCUGUUUAAGUGCCAAAAACUCUCAUCAUCUGGACGAAAGUGCUCUGAUUUUCGAAAACCACUAAUUUCCCCUCCUUCAACUGAGAAAUUUAGGGCUAGGCUUGAAAUUUGCUCCCCUGAUUCAUUCUUCAUCACGCCUUUUACGGUUCCAGGGUUUCCGUAUCCCGGUGAUGAAGCCUGCUUCGAGAAGCUGAGUGAUUGGCUAUCUAAUGUUGUACCACCCCACUAUACCCAGAACAAUGAAGGUGGAAGGGCCUGCAAAUAUAGCCUUGGGGAGUAUGAAUCAAUCUUGAAGUUGUUGAAGAACUGUGAAGGCGUUGAAUGUGAAGAGAUACCUUGGGGAACUUUUAAUGUGAUUGAAACAAUGUUACAUUCCUAUAGCGCUGGCAAAUGGAUACCUCAUAGGCCUGAAUUUCUUACUGAUGAGAAGGUUAAUGAAUUGAUCAGGAACCUCCCCAAAAAGUUGCUUGACGCGCUACUGCCUUUUCAAGUUGAAGGUGUUCAAUUUGGCUUAAGGAGGGGAGGGCGAUGUCUAAUAGCAGAUGAGAUGGGACUUGGUAAAACUCUACAGGCUAUUGCAAUAGCAGGCUGCUUCAGUAAUGAAGGUCCUAUACUUAUCGUCUGCCCAGCUAUUUUGAGAUACUCAUGGGCUGAAGAAUUGGAGCGCUGGCUUCCUUUCUGUUUGCCUUCUGAUAUUCAUCUAGUUUUUUGCCAUCAAGAUAAUCCUACACGUUUAGCUAAAUGUCCCAAGGUAGUGGUCAUUUCAUACAAAAUGCUUCAUCAUUUGUGGAGGAGCAUGUUGCAACAAGAGUGGGCUACUCUGAUUGUUGAUGAGUCACAUCAUCUACGUUGUACAAAGAAGAGAUCAGAACCAGAAGAGAUAAAAUCUGUGCUUGAUGUGGCAAUGAAGGUCAGGCAUUUAAUCCUACUAUCUGGGACUCCCUCCUUAUCAAGGCCAUUCGACAUUUUUCAUCAGAUAAAUAUGUUAUGGCCGGGCUUGCUUGGGGAGACCAAAUAUGAUUUUGCAAAGACAUACUGCUCAGUUAAACUUGUUAAUGGUUGUCAAGGGAAGGUUUUUCAGGAUUUCUCAAAGGGCAUACGUUUGGAGGAGUUAAAUGUUCUCUUAAGGCAAACUGUCAUGAUAAGGCGUUUGAAGCAGCAUGUGCUGGCACAGCUACCACCCAUACGCCGGAAAAUAAUGAGAUUAGUUUUGAGGAGAACUGAUAUUGCUUCUGCCAUGGCUGCUCUUGGAUUGGUUUUAGCAAAAUCAGAUUUUACUUCUUUCGUUGCUGCACUUGGUGUGCUCGAUAGUGACACUUCUGCAGAUGAUACUGAAGAUAAACUUUCUGAACUUAGUCAAGAUAAAAGCAACAUUCGAGACAUGAUGAAAAAGGAGGACCAAAUACUGGGUCUAGCGAAACUGUCGGGAUUCCUUGAGUGGCUCUCUAUACAUCCAAUGCUUUCAGGGUUUGAUGGUGAGGAAGUUACAGAAGCUAGUUUCAGUUCACAAAAAAUGAUAAUAUUUGCUCAUCACCAUAUUGUGUGUGACAGAAUACAGGAGUUUCUAUUGGAGAAAGGCGUGGAAUAUAUUCGAAUUGAUGCACAUGUAUCAUCUAUUGACAGGAAGGAAGCUGUUCAAUCCUUUCAAACAUCAAAACAGGUUAAGAUUGCUAUAAUUGGAAUAUUAGCUGGAGGCAUUGGACUUACCUUGACAGCAGCAAACAAUGUUGUUUUCUUAGAGUUGCCCAAGGAAAUCUCUAACUUGAACCAGGCUGAAUCUAGAGCUCAUAGGAUUGGACAGACGAAAGCAGUCAAUAUAUAUAUUUUUUGUGCAAAGGGUACUUCAGAUGAAUCUCGGUGGCAAAAGUUGAAUAAGAGUCUGUUUGAAGUUUCGGCUGUAAUGAAUGGGAAACAUGCUGCAAUACCUGAAAUCAAGGUUGAAAUGAUUUCCAAUAUUGAAACAACUGGAAUAACUGAUAAGAGAAAUGGUGAUCCAGUUAUACAGAGGGAAGGAGACAAUGUGGUUUCUGCUAAAAAUGUCAUGAUACCCCAGAUUUACUGUCAUAUACCAGGUUCAUGGCCUUCUGAUCAAUAUUGCGAAUCUUAUAAAGUGGCAAACAGAGGGAGUAGUGGGGAGAAUGGAAUUGGUAUUGUAUCUUCUGAAGUGGUAAGCCUUCCAUCAGAGGCUAGUCCAACCCUGGGCUGCAAUGCAUUUUCAGUCGCUAUCAGUGAAACUGCUGGAACAAUUUCUUCACAUAAUUUAGAUGAUAGUGAAGCAACCCAAAAAAAUGAGAAGGUGCACCCACAAAGUGAGGUAGAAUUAAACAGCAAUGCCUCUGAGCCAAUUGAGGCUGCUUCAACAAGCUCUGUACAAGUAGAGUAUCUGCGCUUUGAGGUGAGCCAAUAUACUGGAAGGAUCCACUUAUACUCUUGCAUACCUGGAAUGGAUUCAAGGCCACGACCACUUUUUUUGAGUUUCAGGCCUGAAGAACUUGAGUCAGAAGACCUUCAUGAGGAUGUUAUGAUACAGGGAAAAAAUUGUAUACAAGAUGAUCAUAGGUACCGAUCUGCAGUUUUAAUGUUUAUGAAGCAAUGGAACCAGUUGAGGCCUAUAGAACGUAGGAAAUUGCUGGUGAAGCCUUUGCAGUUGCCCUUGUCCACUGAACUGUGCUAUCUGAUGGAAUCCCUCAACCAUGAUAAAGGGGGACUGCUCAAAUGUGGAAGUACCAGACGUAUUACACCUUUAGAUGAGAUAACCAGCCGCUUACCAUCAGAUGCAGUUUUGAGAAAGGUCCAUCUAUGUAUUGGCGGCACCAAAAAGGAGAAAGUCUACACACAAGGGUGGUCUACUGAGGACAAACCACUCUGCAAGUUCUGCCAAAGUCCUUGCAUGAAUGAGAAUGCUAAGAGGCCUGAAUAUUUCGAGGAUCUUUUCUGUAACCUAGAAUGCUAUGUAGAAUAUAGCUCGAGAACCAAAACGAAAUACCUUAGACAGGCACUUUUCCAAGUCGAACGUGGCAUUUGCACAAUGUGUCAACUAGACUGCCAUGGACUUGUGGAGAAAAUUAAGCCUCUAUCACAUGAGAAUCGACAACAGUAUAUAAGAGUAGCUGCUCCAAAGUUAGCAAAGUGCAAAAAGCUAUUUGACAAGCUUAUUCAAGAUCCCACGGAGGGCAAUGCGUGGCAUGCAGACCAUCUUGUACCUGUAUAUCAAGGAGGAGGUGAAUGCAGACUAGAGAAUAUGCGGACCCUUUGCAUUGCUUGCCAUGCAGAUGUUACUGCUGCACAAUGUUCUGAACGACGUAUAACAAGAGCAGAUGCAAAGAGAGAACUUGAGGCUGCAAUGAAGAAAUUGGAUGGUCCUCAAAUGCAUGACGCAAUUGACAGCAAUCUAGAGUUUCAGAAACAUCAACAGGUCGAAGCUUGGGAUGGUAUAGAAGAGAAGGAACUUUUAGUUGAGGUUCCAGGGAGUGCAUAUUCCGGAGCAAAGGCUAAUAGUUCCAUAGAAAAUCAAGAACAAGAAAACCCUCAAGUUAAAGCAUGAAGUACCUAAGCAGUUGUGAAUCGGCAAGCACCAUUAUGUGCUGCAUUUUUUCGAAGUACCCUUUUUAGCUAAUGUAAAUUGUAGAAAGAAGAAAAAACAGUUGAUAAGUUGUAGGUUUUCUCUUGUUAAGCUGCUGAAAAAAGUCUCACACCAUUAUAUAUUUUAAUCUUGGCUAGAAAAAUUGUAAAAUAGCCUAGCUAUUUUAAGCAUGGGGAGCACUAUUAACUACAGCCUGAAGGUUGCCAAUACAAACAAAUUAAGGUAUAA